AUGAACUCGGAUGUAUUCUUCGGUCGAGCCUCUCAGGUCUAUCAUCCUGACAUCGAUUUAUCUCAGGAGGGCGAAGCCUCUCGUAUCUCACGAUGUCACGGCUAUAUUCGUCAAAUGCUUGAUGGUUCUUUCCGUUUGGCUAAUUUUGCUGAUCGCCCUGUCUUUAUUGAUGGCAGCCCUAUUCUAAAAGAAUCGGAUCGUGGGCUCGAUACAUUGCAAAACGUUUCGCCGGCAUUGUCAGUGAGCCUUGCUACUUAG